GCGUCGGCAUGGUACGGUUCGCGUAGACAGUCUUUUUGUAGAGCUGAAAUUAGAAUUUGCGUGUCGUAGCUGGAGGGUGAUAACAGAAGCACCACCCUUUGGGAAGCCGUAGCAUUGCUUAUCGAGAGCUCAGCCAUGUCAGUGGUAGGCUCAGACGACCUCAGCAUACCUUUGGCGGAUGCAGACCCGCAGGCCGUGCUGCCUGAGGAACCACCCAGCCCUGACAGCGGCAGUCACAGACGCAGCUGCGAGUCACUGACAUCGGCCAUGGCUAAUGGCACUGCCAGCCCUCACAGCUUCGACCCGGAUCUGAGUCCUGACGAGCAGGAGGAGAAGGCCCGCCUGAUAUCACAGGUGCUGGAGCUGCAGAACACCCUGGAUGACCUAUCGCAGCGCGUGGACAGCGUGAAGGAGGAGAACCUGAAGCUUCGCUCCGAGAACCAGGUGCUCGGCCAGUACAUCGAGAACCUGAUGCAGGCCUCCUCCGUCUUCCAGUCGACGUCGUCGCCCAAAGUCAAGAAGAAGUGAACGGGUUCCGUGGCCGCGACCCACCUUGCUUUAAUUUGCGUCGCUCGCGGCAUGGGCAGUGUGCGAUACAGUCAGUCUGGGCAGCGCGCGCUAUCCAUUGGUGGCCCGUGGCGAGCCGCGCCCCUCCCACUCGCAUUUGACCCAUCUGUUCGUGCAGACCCACGCCCUGCUCUACGGCUAGUCGGCCACGCAACCGCAUGGCACGUGCAGUCGUUCUAAUCGCCGUCGAGCCGCGCGCAGCUCUCGUUUGGAAUCACGCCCCCUGCUUUCCUUGAUGGUGAAGCCUGCUGGGGCUGGAUGCACGAUAAUUUGAUGCCACUUUGAGGGCUGGACCUGGGCGUGGAAGGCGUAGCGGUUGAGGUGAACUGGUCCGGUAAAAAUGUAUGGUUUACCCGGGUAGCCGGUGGGUGAGGUCUGUUGCAAUGGACGGGCUUUUGACGUCGCCUCGGUCGCUAGGUCGCGGAUGGUCCGUCUUUCCUGCUCCGACCAGUUCAUGCCAGUGAAGCCAGUGGGGAGGUUAACUAGAACGUGAUUACGAGACGCCGGACAUUUUAGAUGCCAAGCAGCCGGCUGCGUGUGACGAUGCUGUGUCGUGUCAGCCGUUUUUGGUGGGUGCUAUCAUGCGAUUAUUUAUUACGCUAAUGACUCGUCUGUGAUUUGAGAUAGCAUUCCGCAACUGCUUGUGCUAGCACUGUGUGUGAGCUAUCUUUGAUUAUACAGCUACUUUGUGGGUC